CCUUUUGUGUGAAGUGAAGAUUAAAUUUCUGGAAAACAAAAAAUGAUUUUCCCCAAAGUGAUGCCUUUCUUGCAAAAAUCAAGUGUUGGAAAGUCGCUAAGAAUUUUUCCUUACAUGUGUAGAAAAUAUUCAGUUGGAAAUUUUGAGGGGAAGCGCUUCUUAAGAACAGAAACUAAUGAGAGACCCAGUGACUUUUGGGAUAGAAAUACGUAUUCCGUGUUACCAUCAAGCGUUCAGGGCAAUAAUUUGAGGAGAAGCUAUCUGAGGAAACCUCAUGAAAUUACGCCUAAUAUGUGGUUCUCUAAUGAAACACGAGAUGAAUUCAUGUCAUAUUAUCCAGAGAUUCUUAAACAACUACAGGACAUGGCAGCAACGUAUGAUGAUGUUGAUCACGGACAACAUAUUGCUAAAGUUUUAAAUUACAUUAUUCCUGGUGGAAGAAGGUAUGCAGGUAUUAUGACUGUUGAAACAUACAAAAUGCUUCUGCCAGAGUCAAAGCGAACUCCGGAAAAUAUCAAGCUUGGCUACUAUCUCGGUUGGUGCGUAGAACUGCUUAUUGAGCACGUCGUAAUGGGUGAUGACAUCAUGGAUGGUGGACAAAUAAGGAGGACAAGGAAAUGCUGGCACUUGUUGGAUGAUGUUAAAUUGGCCGCAGUCAAUGAUGGUUGUAUAAUUGAGACUGGAAUGUACUGCUUGCUAAGGAAGACCUUUGGGCAUCAUGAUUGCUUCUUGCGCCUCUUGGAGAUUUUCAAUGAAUCCGCCUUUAGUGUGUACAUCGGUCAGCAUAUUGACAUAAAAUACUCAAAGGACAUCUUCAACAUGACAUUACCACUGUACAGGACAAUCGUACGGAAUGCAGCAACAUACAUUGUUAGCUACCAACCAGUUGUACUUGGCAUGACCCUAGCUGGCUACACAAGUCCCGAAGUUGCAAAGGAGACGCGAUACAUUCUAACUCAACUCGGGUACUACUAUCUCAUUGAGAACGACUACAUGGAUUGUUUUGCAGAUUUGCACCUAAAAGGAAAGAAUGGACGGGAUAUUGAAACAGGACGCUGUCGUUGGCCAAUUGUUGUUUUCAUGGAGAAAGCUACACCGGAACAAAAGAAACUCAUGCGGACUCACUACGGGCAAGACAAUGAAGAAAGUGUUGCUGUGGUUAAGCAACUUCUAGAAGAAGUUAAUAUUCAUCAAAUAUACGCUAAUUAUGCCGCUGAAUUGUACCACAACCUCAUGGAGGACAUUCAACGUAGUCCUAAUGAUGAUCUCAAAAGGGUCUACAUGAAAUUGGUCGAAAUAAUGACAUGUUCAACGGAAGCUGGUGGAGUUUUUCCAUAAAAUAUUUUUUAAGACUUUUCUUUAAUAAUAAUAUUUCCUAUAUAUGAUUAAUCAUUAAAAAAAUUAAGAAAAAAAAAGUUGAGCAUACUGAACAAUUAUUCUAUAGAACAGAUUGAAUGAAAAAUUAAAACGAAAUGUAUUUUUUGUAAAGAACAAAUUGACAUUGAAA